AUGAUGAUGAAAGGCAUUGCCCUCCCCCGCCAGAAGGGUUCGACUCCCCAGGCGCUUGUGUGUCAGUUGUGCCAGAUAUCUGCUUCGCCCGCUCCCCGCCAGCCGUCUCACUUUGCCCGACCCUAUACGACCAGACCGUUCACUCGCAAGACGGAAAUCGGACAAGUGCGCCCCAGAAAUGCGCUGAACCGACCGUUGACCUUCCCUCGAUCAAUCCCGAGACGAUUCGCAUCCUCGGCGCCCGACUCCCCCGUCCCGCAGACCCCCGAGGCUACCCUUGCGCAGAUCGAACAGGAGCUCGACGAGCUGCGAAACACGGACGCGGUCCCUUCGAACGGUACGGUCGAUAGCCUUUUACACCGGUGCCAGGAAAUCGCCGAGGCGCUGGCUCUCCCCGAGCAAGACUCAAAGACACCAGCCCCUCGAAAAGACGACAAUGAGAUAUCGCACCUCCUCGACCUGGAGGAAAAGAACCAAACACGGAAGCGAACCAAGUCCUCCCCCAAAGACACGAUCCCCCAACUCUCCAGCGCCGUCUCCCGCGUCGCCUACGAGCUUCUCUCCGACGAGAAGGUCUUCAUCACUCCCGAGGCCCUAGCGAGCUACUCCAAGAUCCAAACGCUGUUGAAGCGCCCAGACUACUUCCCCGAGAUCUUCUACCAGUACGCGCACAAGCCCCACCCCGAGGAGGGCAGCUCGCCCGUCAAAUACCACAAGGCGAACCCCAAGGACAUCAACAGCGCGAUCCCCGUUGAUAUCGCCAACAUGGCGCUGGGCGUGGCGAUCGAGCAGCGGAAUCUGCCCCUCGUGCUGUCUAUAAUCGACCACACCUUCUGCGCGCCGGCCUUCCACCGCGCCAAGGUCUUCAAAAAGGCUGCCAUCCCGCUGGGCGGUCUGGCGGCCGCCCCGGCUGCUUGUUAUGCCGUUGCCUCGUGGGCUGCGAGCAUGCAGAAUACUAUGGAUCCAAGCACCGCGACGGGGAUCGCGUUCGCUGCCAUCCUAGCGUAUGUGGGUGGUACUUCUUCCGUGGGCCUGUUGGCGAUCACGACUGCGAAUGACCAGAUGGAGAGAGUGGUGUGGCAGUCGGGGAUGCCGUUGCGGCAUCGUUGGCUCCGCGAGGAGGAGCGGGCUGCCUUGGAUAAGGUUGCGCUUGCGUGGGGAUUCAAGGAUGAGUACAUGAGGGGUGAGGAAGAGGGGGAGGAGUGGGAGAGUCUGCGGGAGUUUAUCGGUAUGAGGGGGAUGGUUUUGGAUAAGACGGAGUUGAUGCCUGGAAUGGAGUAA